AUGAUUUCUUCGUGGUUUAACUUGUCCCUUUUGUGCACUCUCUGUUUUGGGGUCUUCUCAGUUCCCCUCGAUCCUUCGUAUGAGGAGAAGAAUCCCGAGGUGAAUGAUGGUUAUUUCGAGGGUGAUAUAAUCCUAGACGUGGAGCGGAUUGGAAUGUUAAACCUAGACCGUCAGUGGCCCAAUGCAAUUGUUCCCUACAAGAUCUCCGAGGAGUUUGAACCAUUUUUAGCUGACUAUAUAGUGCAAGCCAUGCAAAAAAUCGAGCAAGUCUCCUGUGUUCGCUUUGUGCCCGCUGUUAACGAGACUACAUUUUUAUCGGUUCAAGUGUCGGCAGACGGAUGCAGCGCACACUUGGGCCAUGCGACUGGUGUAAGGAAUCUUUUUCUAAAACCCGGUCUAUUAGACCAAGGCUGCUUUAAGAUAGCAGUCAUUAUGCACGAGCUACUCCAUAUUUUGUCAUUCACUCAUCAGCAAAACUCCCCGGAUCGUGAUAGUUACGUGGUAAUUAAGACAAAUAAUAUCGAAACGGGUAGGGAAAGCAGUUUUCAAAAAAGAUCUGCCGCUAAUUUUGGGAACUAUGGUGAGAACUAUGAUUAUGGCAGCGUUUUGCACUAUGGUCCCAAAGCAUUUUCGAAGAAUGGUCUCCCCACUAUUGUACCCAUAAAUCCAUUGGGAUUGCUUGUAAUGGGUCAACGCAUAGAUAUGUCUGAUGUCGAUAUUAGGAGACUCAAUAAUAUGUACAAUUGUACAACUGAAAUGUAA